AUGGCACAUCAUCAAAAACACCAAACAGAUCCUCGAAGAGGUUCCGCGAUGCAGAGUUUACUCAAGAUGCUGAAUCUUUCAACAGCUCCCACUGUGGCUGUCGCAGAGGACGAGGUCAGUGCGGAAGCAGACGAACCUCCAGACGAUCGAGUCACACCGCUUAUCACGGAACUUCGGGACAAAGCGUAUAGCAGAGCAAUUGCUCCUGCAUACCCGCGCCGCGAGUCUUUGUUGACUCGUGCAAUUGUCGAUAUGAAGCAUGACGAAUUCUCGCCGACUUCUACGACUGAUCAUCGUGGUCUCUCUACCACCUCCUCCCGCAGCACGGCCAGUAUGGCUUCGACUGCUGAAUUGACCAGCGACGGCGAUCUCACCAGUCAUUCACGGUCUACCACGCCGAGCCCACCUCCUCCUCCAGGCCGAUUCACUCAUCUUUUGAAUCUGAAGAAACCUUCUCCACCUCCCAAGGUGUUGAUUGCACCAGUCACGAAGGACGACAAGCCAAGUGUUGCUGUUAUUGGUGAAGCCGCGGUGGAGAAGUCACUCGGUCGCAAACGCUGCAUCAUGUUCGCUUGUGGAGGUACAGACACCGAAAAGAGCAAGGACGACAUCUCUUCAAAGGAGCCGGUGGUCCAAGCAGAAGUACCAAAGCGGAAAUGCAUGCUCACCUUUGCUUGCCCGUCAAGAGCUCCAUCAACCGAGACCAAGACAGACUCCGCCAAGCUCCAUGUCGAGCAAAAGCCUGCCGCCCGCCGUGCGUCUCCUGCUCCUUCAUCAAGACGCAAACCCUCUGUCGACCUGUCUGGUCGAUCAGCCGAGACUGCGAAGCCGGCGCCUUCUGAUCGUACCAGACCAGGCCUAUUAUCGCCCAAGCCUACCUUUCACGAGUUUGGUAGUUCUCACGACGAGACAGAUGCCUGGAUUGACAAACCAAGCGAGCAUCAAAAGAAGCUGACCCUCGACGAUUGCAUGAAAAAGGAAAACCAAAUCCGCCAGAUUGGAGAAGAAGCCGAAGAAGAAGCUGAGGAGGAGGAGCGUGAGCAAGAAGAGUUCGAGGAAGAACUCGAUGAUAAUGACAAUAAUGUUGACGACUUUGCUCCUUCUGAUGAAGGCUCCGAUGCUGGCAACGAGUCGGACGACGAAGGUGGUUUUGCCGACUCGGACGACGAAAGCGAUGCAGGCUCGGAUUAUCAGUUUUGGGCCCCUUCGAGGACGACUACUCGAGCUACUAGCGUCGAGCAUGUCAGCAUCAGUCAUUUCAGCUCACGCCGGCAAUCGGAUGCCAGCUCAGUCGAGUCUCGUUCAGGAAGCCCACCGAUUCACCCCAUGCAUCCUAUGAGAAGACAAUUCGGUAAAGGCCGUGAUUCUGCGUCGAAAGUGCCAAGGGUGAUGAGACCAGGAACGCCAGAAUUGCCGGACAGCACAGACUUUGUCUGCGGCACCCUCGACGAAGAUCGCCCACUAGAAGCAGCCUAUAUCUCUUGUCGUGAACAGAGGAAGCGGGAAAAGCACGUUCCAAUCCCGCAGGACAUCGAUCCUAGCUUUCCCACCACUGAUCCGGAUGAAGAAGAGGAUGAGGAUGAGGACGAGAUCGUCGACGAAUCGCAGCACAGCUCUGAUGGACCACGCUGGAUGAAGCACCAAUUUGGUUUCGAGGACGAUGACCGUGGACGACGCAAGUCGCCACCCGUUUCACCUCUGGGUCGAUCUCCGGCGCCUAUCGUUCGUCCGGCCUUCCCCGCAAGAGGCGAUCAUCGCCGUGCACCUCUUCGGUCUCCUCCCCCAAAGCAUAUGGCAGCUCGCUCCCCACCACCACGGAAACUCUUCGGACACUCCCCAACAAGGAUGAGGUCUCCACCUCCACCUGCCCGAUUACGAUCCCCUCGUGGUUCACCCACUGGUGCCAGGACCCCAAUCCAAAAGGUCAACAUGAGAGGUCUUGCUCAACGUCCAACCAUGGAGCGUACCGCGUCUCUUCCAGAUACGCCCAAUCCUUUCUUCAAAAACUUCAAUGUUGGAAGUCCCUCCAUCUCCAACAUUGCUUCCGGAGCCGUUACCCCUGCUGUCGAGGAACCUCCGCGUGCUGAUUAUCACGUCCGCGGCCCUGUUGACAUUGUCAUCGGCCUCGAAAAGAAACGGCAGAAAAGAAAGGAGAAAUACUGGCGUCAACAUUGCCGCAAAGUCGCAAAAGAGCAAGCGGAGCGGAAAGUAGCCCGCGGUCGCGGUGCCGAAAGGAUGAAGGAGCUUGGCCUCGAGUGUGCUGAGCGACUUAGGGGGUAUGGCGUUGGUCAACAGACACAGUUGGUGAUUUCAUUGUGA